AGAUGAAUAAUCCCCUUACUUCUUACUUCUAGAAGGCGUUGCAUGCGGUUUCAUUAUUUAUAAAACAGCGUAUGGAUUAAGUGAAGCAGAUUUAGCUGUGUUACAGAGAGAUAUUCAAUCAUGAAAAUACAAACAACAGUUGCUAUCUGCAUCAUACAUGUAUAUGCAACGCUGAUAGGUUUGGCUGACGCGAAACGCAAAAGCGACGUCUCUGAUUGUGGUGUAGCAGGAACAUGGAAGAACCAGCUUGGGUCAAAGGUGACAUUUUCUUGUAAAAAUGGUCAGAUAAACGGCAAAUACAACUCGGCUGUUGGAAAUGCCGAGGAUUACUAUUCGUUGACAGGGCGAUACACGCGUGCAGGGACUGAUGACAAUGCGGUGGUACUUGGCUGGGUUGUAUCCUGGAAUAAUCAAAUGUUUGGAAAUUCAAAUUCAUCGACAUCUUGGUCGGGUAUCUAUUAUCCGGGUGAAAGAAUCAUCCGAACACAGUGGCUGUUGACCAGAUUUAAAGAACGCAACGAUUACUGGAAAACUACGAUGGUAAAUCAUGACGAAUUUACGCCAAUAAAAUGAAUUAUAACUGUAAUGUUGCAAUUUCCAAUUAAAUUGCUUAGAAUCUGUAUAAAUACAUAAAACGAUAAACAUUG